AUGGUGGCCACCACGCCGUUUGUCACUGGGCGCACGUCAAGCACGGCGCCGCGCUGGCCCGGAAUUGCCCAAGUGUGCGCGCGCUGGGCGCGAAGGUCGACAACGCACACGGACCCGUCGGCGCCGCCUGUGAAAAGCGUUCCCUCGCGUGAACACGAGAGGGCGUACACAUUGUCGCGGGCCACUUUGAUGGAUGCGGCCGGCGACUCGCCCGCCGAGCGCAAGUCGAACAAAUGGACUGCUCGGGCGGCGCCGGCGGCAGCCACAAGCUGCGGCGCCACAAAAACGCACCGCGCCGUGUCUUGCGGCGACACAAGCGACCGCACGCGGCGGCCCGCGCCCAAGUCCCACGUCGACACUGUAGUGGAGCUGGCCGCGACGGCAAGCGCGCCGAGCGAAGAAACGUCGGCGACGGGCGCGCGCGAGACUUUUCCGAGGGGCGGCCCGCGCGUUAGGCGCGCGCCAACGCCCGCCACGAUUGCGCCUUCCGCGCACUGUGAUAGUGCGCUGCAUGUGUCUGAAGAGGUGUUUGUGCGGCCGCUGUUGGUUCUGUGA